AUGCGCACCACCAGCACCACCCUCCUCGCCACGGCCCUCCUGGCCGCCAGCGGCGCCCUCGGCCGCACCGACCUGGCCGGCUGCGUCUCGUCGGCCACGGUCGCGUACGGCGGCGCGUCGCUGAUCUGGUACGUGCCCGGCAGCGGCGAGAUCUGCUCCUUCCUCGACUGCGGCGGCGGCCGCGCCCCGCCCAAGACGACCGUCCCCGGCUGCGCCGCCUACGCCGGCACCGCCACCUACUCGCCCGACUACCUCCCCGGCUACGGCCCGGACGCCACGCCCACCUCGGCCGCCGCCGCGUCGUCGUCCGCCGCCGCCUACGCCAGCCCCAGCGUCACUGCUGCCCCCAGCAUUUCCAGCGCCGCCGUCGUCGUCAGCAGCAGCAGCAGCAGCAGCAGCGCCGCGGCGGCUUCGUCUUCUGCGGCCAUGAGCUCCGCCAAGGACAUGUCUUCUUCGUCUUCUUCGUCCUCUUCCACGGCGCACGCUUCUUCGUCGACCAUGGCUGCCAUCACCACCCCCAAGGGCGUCAUGACCCCCGUUGCUGGCACUCCCACUGCGGCCGCCACCCCCUCCAGCUACACCGGUGCUGCCGGCAGGAUCGAGGCCGCUGCCGGCGUUGCCGUUGGCGGCGUCGUUGCUGCGCUCGCCUGGUUGUAA